AUGUGGCGAUUGUCAAUAUCUCACAAUGUUAUAUUUUCAAAGUUGCAGGAAACUGAUAUUGAUGAUAACCUACGCGAGGAAGAAGAGUUGGAUAGGGUUAAUUGUGAUAAAUUGAAGAAAGAGAAGGAAACUGAUAUUGAUGAUAACCUACGCGAGGAAGAAGAGUUGGAUAGGAUUAAUUGUGAUAAAUUGAAGAAAGAGAAGGUUGCUCAAGAAUCGGAACAGCAAGAAAACCCUAAGGAAAGUUAUGGCAGAAGUUACCGCAACGAGUUUAAGUUCAAGUGGUUGAAAAUCCAAUACGAUCGCAGGACCAGAGCGAAAAAAGUAGCUGAGGAAGAAUUGUUUUCACUUAAGAAAGAAUAUGAGGAAAAUGCAAGAGAAUGGAUAAGAAAAUUGAAGAAAGUGAGGGAUGAACGCGAAAAUGAUCAAAAACAGUGGGAUGAAGAGAGAAACAAUCUUAUUGCUCAACUUGGAGAUGCAACAGAAUCAUCCAAAAUGUACAAUGAUCUUUCACGGGAGUAUGAAGAAAAUCGACGCAAGUGGGAGGAAGAGAAAAAUGAUCUGGUGGCAAAGCUCGAUGCCGCAGUUGCUUCUUCAAAACUCUACCGGGGGUUUUUGCAUGAUUUUGAUCAUUAUUAG